GCGCCCGCAUGCACCGGCCGAACUUCCGCCCGCCCACGCCGCCCUUCGCGGGGCCUGGCCCCGGCUCCUGGGGCGGCGGAGGCGGCGGCUUCCGGAGCCCCCCGGGCUGCCCGCGGCCACCCUCGCCGCGGGACGGCUACGGGAGCCCGCACCAGACGUCGCCCUUCGGGCCCCGCGCCCGGCCCCGCGCGCCCGCCUCCGGCUCCCCGGCCUCGGGCCACGGCUACUCAGGCCCUCCGCCCGGCUUCUCCCCGGGCCCGCCGCCCAGGCCGCUGCAGGGUUCACCCAGGACAUCUACACCAUUUGGUUCAGCGCGUGGCAAAGAGAAAAGAAUAUCUAAUGAUGUGGAAAACUAUUUCAAACCUUCAAUGCUGGAGGACCCCUGGGCAGGACUAGAACCUGUUUCUGUAGCAGAUGUAAACCAAAAAUACAACAAUGAGCAAACAGUGUUUACUGGUAAAAGGGGGAGAUAUUUUAGUUAAAUGUUUCUAAAACUCCAAUGGAGCUCUGACCGGUCAGAAAGAGAGCAAGACGUCUUUAUUUAAAAAAAACUCCACUGCCAUCUGGAUGUAAAUGCUGCCUCUCUGAAGACUCACCAGCAGUUGAUUUAAAGAGAUUUUGCUAGAUUCAUGCCCUUGUGGACCGUGUGCUCAAACAUUCUUGUGGACUAGUUAACACACCUAUUUUUUUUUAACACUUGUAUUAAGAGCUUUCUGAGUCCUUGUUUUGUAACGUUUUCUUCAUAAAGCUUUUUAGAUGUUCUAUCAACAGGAUUUGGAACUCAUGAAAUGGCCUAUUUUGUAAAUAUCAUGCUGUUUAAAACAUUUAGUGUGAUUCUGUGUACCACAUCUUUUGUGAUUUUAACAAGAAGUUCUACUUAUCACCAUUUCAGGAAAGAACUGUCGAAGUCUUUGGAAAUGAAAUUGUUAAACCAAUAAUGCACAUUUGGGUGUUCAUUUGUUCAUUGGGUUUUUAGUUUCCUUCAAGACCCAUGCUUUCAUAAUUAGGCAUCAUUAGCCAUGUUUACAGUUUGUUUGGUCACCCUGUAUAGAAACAUAUAAUGUUUAACAAUAAACAAAUGGAAAAAUGUU